AACACAUUCAUUGUUCCAUAUAAUAAUCUGGUGGCAUGUGUAUGUUUAGCUUGGAAGGAGCUAAGGCGGAUAUUAUUAUAUCAUGCAGUUGAUAAGUCUGGUAGUGUUGACAGCUCAAGACAGGAGCUACGGCCUAAUAAAGAUAAGAGGUUGAGAUUUUUUUUCACACGAUUGCGGCAACGACGUCGCUGGCGCCACGCCGUCACGCCGCCGAUAGCCGAGCAUUCGCCCGUCCGCCGGCAGGACGGGUCGCACGCCUGUCUUCGCCCACACUCGCUCCCGCGCUCACCACUCUUCCAUCAAUGGUGUCUGUGAAUCACGUUAAUUACAUUACAGAACUUCGGCAACAGGAAGAAAAAUAAACACGAACCAACCAUGGACAAGGAUGUCGCUUUGGAAGAGAUGAUGGGGAAACUCGGAGACUUCGGUCGGUACCAAUGUUUCCAGUUCAUCCUCCACAUCCUCUCUGCCUUAACCGCUGGCAUGCACAUGUUGUCACUUGUCACAGUCGCCGCGGUACCGGAACAUAGGUGUGCCGUACCUAAUGUGGACACUGCCAAUUAUACCGAGCCAUGGAAUUCCUCGCUUAUACUAAAUGCCAUACCUCUCAACGAACAUGGGAAAAUCAACGAAUGCAAAAUUUAUGGACAAAAUAAAACAAUCGAAGAAUGUAGUUCUUGGGUUUAUGACACACGUUACUUUACAUCAUCACGCGGUAUUGAAUGGGAUUUUGUUUGUAGUAGAAAUUGGAUGGGCGCCGCUAUACAAACGGCGUACAUGUUUGGUGUAGUGGUCGGUUCUCUAGUCAUUGGAAGACUUUCUGAUAAAUUUGGCAGAAAAGCUGCAUUUGUUUGGGCGGGACUCCUGCAAUUAUUGCUCGGCGUGUCGGUCGCAUUUGUCAAUGAAUAUUACACGUUAGUUGUCUUCAGAUUUUUGUACGGAAUAUUUGGAUCCGGUUCUUAUAUUGCUGGAUAUGUGCUUGCAAUGGAAAUAGUUGGUCCGAGCAAACGCACUAUUUGUGGAGUAAUAUUUCAGAUAAUGUACGCCAUUGGGAUAAUGUUAUUAGCCGCUUGGGGAUAUCUUAUCGAUAACAGAUUCUAUUUACAAAUUCUGUAUGCUUUACACGCAGCGAUACUUCUUCCUCAUUGGUUUAUAAUGGACGAAUCCCCGAGGUGGCUGUGGGCUCAAGGCCGAGCUCGUGAAUCUGUAGCUAUAAUAGAAAAGGCUUUGAAGAUUAACGGAUCCCACGAGAUUAUAGACACCCCUGCUUUGGUGUCUCACUGCAAGGCCACAUGUGCCAAGUAUACCGAUGAACACUCAGCUGGUACAUCAGAUUUGUUCAAGACACCGAAUAUGUUAAAGAAAACUUUGAUAAUCUGUGGUUGUUGGUUUGCUAAUUCUGUCGUUUAUUUUGGUCUCUCUCUUAAUACAGGUAAACUUAAUGGUAAUCCUUAUUUCAUUAUGUUUUUGAUGGGAGUGGUAGAACUUCCGAGUUACGUUAUAAUUAUGUAUCUGUUAGAUAGAGUUGGUCAUAGAGCUCUUAUAAGUACGAUGAUGUUGUUAGGUGGACUAGCGUGUAUUGUAGUGGUAGCCCUGCCUCACGGACACUCGUCAGUAACUGGAGUAGUUAUGAUUGGAAAGCUCUUCAUAUCUGGUUCAUAUUCUAUUAUCUACAAAUAUUCUGCUGAAUUGUUCCCUACUGUAGUCCGCAGUUCGGGAGUAGGUCUUGGAAGCAUGAGCGCCAGCAUAUCAGGAGCUCUUACUCCCCUCAUCAGUUUGCUUGACUCACUGAAUCCAAAAAUUCCAACUAUUAUAUUCGGAUUUUUAGCUCUAUUUUCCGGUUUUUCCACUUUCUUCCUUCCGGAAACAAAUGGCCGGAAUCUGCCACAAUCUCUUGAAGAUGGUGAAAGAUUUGGGCUUGGUGAUACAUGUUUCACAAAUUGUACAGGUCGGCGAAUGAGUGAAGAUUCGAUUAAUUUACCGGAGACAAUGGUACCGCUAGAAAUUAUGGAGAAAAAACCAUGACAGCUAUUUAUGAGUUAAGAAAAUAUUAUUUUCAUAUUGUGCUAGCAUUAUGUCAUUCUCUUCGCACAUUUAACCAAAUAUUGUUUAUUUGAUUCCACGCAUUCUGCGCAUUUAAUUGAGGUUAGUUCUAAUAAAAUAACACAUUGAAACAUGAACUCGGUUUUUCACAGACUUUAAUUUAAAUUAUUAAUAUCUUUCAGUUUUACUAGCUAUAAGACAGCUAACGAUUCAAAGCGACUACUGAGAAAAUAACGUAUAUUGGUUGAUAUAUUCUAUAUUAUUAUAUGUUGAUAUACAUAUAUUUUACUUUGAUAACAUAGAUACUAAGAGACAUGUAGCACAAGCUGUGGUAAUAUUAGGUAUAGUACCUUAUUUACUUAAGUGCAUAACUCCUGUUUUAUAUAAAGCUUAGUCUAAUUUUCUACGCGACUCAUUAUUACAUAUAUGUAUGUAUACCUAAGUAUGUACCUUUUAACAACUUAGAACGUAAAAAAGUAUAAAAUUACCAUUUUAUUAACAUAUAAUCACGUCUACAUCCCCUGCGAGGUAGACAAAGCCAACAGUCAUCAAAAGACUGAAAGGCCACUUUCAGCUGUUUUCAGCAUUUUAUUAAUGUGGUGUAUUUAUUAAAAGAUGUCCAAAAACUUUAGGCAUUAAAGAAAAAUACAAAUACGCUUCAAGUAUGUUCUUAUUAUGCUUAGUAAUAAAAUCUAAGCCUAAAUGUAUGUAUGUAUAAACAGAUUGAACUGCCAUAUAAGAUUAAUACGAGUAUAUGUAGAUAUUUACUUGCAACCCAGUGGUCUGUUUUAUGGUAAUAAUUAUAAAACUAUAAUAAUAGGUAAAUACCUAUAAGGAAUAAGAAUAGAUAAAAAACAAAACAGGUAUUUUUUUAAAUAAAAAAUUACUUUGCAUUUUUAAGAUGAGUUGUUAUUUUGUGUAUAGGAUAAGAAGACAGGGAUUUAACUGUGCUAAAGUUCUAGUCACGUUUAGGAAUAAUAUUAUUUACAUACAAAAACCACGCCUCUUUCCCGUGGAGGCAGGCAGAGUCUACAUCGACUGCAACUUUCCACUUUCCAUGAUCCCUGUAUAUGAGAAAUAAUAAUUUCAUUAAACUGCCAAAAUACCCAUUUUAAAUGGAAUAAACAUACCUAAAUGACGUUUAUAUACUGUAUUUGUACCUUAUAAGUAGGUAAGUACAAUGCGUAAGUUAUAUCAGUCAAAUUUACUUUUGUGUAUCGGACACCUAGCCGAGUUCCAAAUAAAGGGUUCAUAGUAACAGUGAGACUGAUUAUAUUUAUUAAAUUAUAAUUGGAUUCACGAUAAACAAUACAGACUUAUACGCAAUUAAGUAUUCUGUGAAAACAUAGGUAUAUACGUACUUAAAAUUGAUUUUAUACUACAUGAUGCAAACUUAAACUAAUGAACGCACUUAUAUUUUUCUAUUCUUCGGAGUACAUUUAAAUAAACACCAUAGUUAUGAAGAUGUCAAUUGACGUUGUUUAUAAACAAGUUUUUCUUUAAGUACUUAUUUAGAAAUAAGAACCUUAUUAAGUUUUGUAUUUUGAUAAUUAAUAAAGGAAUUUGUUUUCAAAUAAAAAUAUCUAAAGCAUU